GCUCCAUCACUGUUACUACAGUAAUUCUGUCUGAUAUGAGCUGCUCUAAAAGUUGACUGAAGUUCCUCUCAGACUUGUUAUCAUGAGGUAAUUAUGUUUAUGUUUGUUCUGUAAUACCUGAGGUCGUCCUCGUGUUUGUUUCCAAAAUGAGUCUCCGAACAUCGUUACACUAAGUGAGUUUAAAGUCGAGCUUCAGGGCCCGACUGUUGGCAGUGUCAACAGCUGCUCAAGUGAAGCUGCUAUUAAUGCAUCAGCCCAGCUAGACAUGGGCAGUGGGAGGGGUGCCCGCAACACUCCGCCUAUCAAAGGUCAUCCAAGGUAUGCUAAUGGGAGUCCUGAUGACAUCACCGGGACAAUAUAAGAGGGACGCAGCGAGGUUUGGCUGCAAACCUCCCCUGAGCUGAAAUCUGAGGGAAAACCAGCAGGCGCAAAGCUCCGUCUGUCUCCACGUCCUCCCCGCUGUGGUCCUGGGAUACAAGAAGACACCGCACUGGAAAAUAUGCUGUUCUGCCACUCCCAGCCUGAAUCCUACCACCAGCACUCUGCUAGUUACAUUAGAGAGGCCUUGGCACCUUUCUUGAAAAACGAAGAAGCGAGGCUUAUGGCUGAAAAUGGUGCCGGCAGGAGCCCAUUCCAGUAUAUCCUGUGUGCAGCCACCUCGCCGGCUGUGAAACAGCAGGAGGAGAGUCUCACUUAUCUCAACCAAGGUCAGUCCUACGAAAUCCGUAUGCUUAACAGAAAACUAGUGGAGUAUACAGAUAUAAGCAGCAAAUAUGUAAAGAGCAUUGUGCGCGUGGUGUUUCAUGACCGCCGACUGCAGUAUAUGGAGCACCAGCAGCUGGAGGGAUGGAGGUGGAACAGACCUGGAGACCGAAUCCUGGAUAUAGAUAUCCCACUGUCAGUGGGGAUACAGGAGCCCCGUUCACACCCAAUGCACCUCAACACCAUUGAGUUCCUGUGGGAUCCCGUCAAGAACGCCUCUGUUUUCAUUCAGGUCAACUGCAUCAGUACUGAGUUCACCCCGAGAAAGCAUGGCGGCGAGAAGGGAGUGCCCUUCCGUAUCCAGGUGGACACUUUCACCAGCAAUGAACACGGGGAAUACCUGGAGCACGUCCACUCGUCCAGCUGCCAGGUCAAAGUCUUCAAGCCUAAAGGAGCCGAUCGCAAACUGAAGACGGACAGAGAAAAGAUUGAUAAAAAGACCCUUCAAGACAGAGACAAGUAUCAACCAUCCCACGACACAACCCUGCUGAAGGAGUGUUCCCCUUGGCCCGAUGCCCUUAAUCUCACUAUCAACAGCAGCAGCAGCACUCCAUCGCCAGUUUACCACAGCUCACCAACUUCCUGUGGUUUCACAGACGGCGACUGUUCUCCAAACCAGCAAGGGGAUCUGCUCGUGCCCGCCUGCUCUGAUCACCUCCUGCCAUCGUCCUCGCCGCAGGACACUCAGCAGUGGCUGCACCGUCACAGGUUCUCACCUUACUCAAGGCUCUUCACCAGCUUCUCAGGUGGCGAUCUGUUGAGGAUGAGCAGGGAGGAUCUGAUCCAGAUCUGCGGCCCAGCGGAUGGCAUUCGCCUCUUCAACACCAUGAAAGGAAGGUGUAUUCAGCCCCGUCUUACCAUCUAUGUGUGUCAGCAGCAGGCCAGACAUCAACCUGCCAUCAAACCAGGAGGUGGAGAGAUCUACCACGCUCUGUACCUGGAGGAGCUGACGCUGUUGGACCUUUCUGAAAAGAUCGCUUUGCUGUACAGCAUCUCUCCACAGCAAAUCACACACAUCUACAGACAGAAGUCCAACGGGAUCCAUGUCUUAGUCUCUGACGAGAUGGUGCAGAACUUCAGGGAGGAAACGAGCUUCAUCCUCAGCACUAUAAGAGAUGAAAACACAGAAGGCUUCCACAUUGUGUUGAAAUGACCAACAGAUACUCAGGAGGGUCAAAGUCUCAUCGGUGGAAUUGUACAGAUUGUAUAUAAAUCUUUCUAGACUACAGUAUGUAGACAUUUACUAUGAUUUACAGUAGAUUUAAAUGCUGCUCGGCUUUUAUUUUACUGUUGAUUUGUAGUAUAGUUCUCAUUAAUCUUUCUGUUUUAUUUGUAUUUUUGUUAAGUUACUGAUUCAUGUUUGAUAUGCCAUGUAAUUAGAGACAAACAGUGUUGUAUUGUUCCUUCACACAUAUGUACAUUUCCAGCUUAAACCCCCAUAAAUGCAAAUGAAUGACUUUCAUGAUAAUAAAGCAAAGUAAUUGUCAUGCAUCGUCAUGCAGACAAAUAGAAAAGACAAAUGAACAAAACAGUAUUAUGAUAUUUUAAUGUAAUGAAAUGUCAAUUUCAUGCCGGUCCUUAAUAUGAAAUGCUGUGAUGUAGCAUAUUUACUUGUUCCAUUGCAUAUUCUACAAAGGACUAUUUUCCUGAUGAGAUGUGACAUUACGUUAGGUAAAAGUGAGGUAUUUAUGUACACAGGCCUUCUGGAUGUUUAAACACAGACACUAUGUUGAAGUUUGGAAGGUUAUUUUGACUGCUGUGGCUGUAUGAUGAUGCUCAAAAUAAAAGUACUUUGCACUGUU